AUGCUCCGAACAACUCUUCCUAAAGUGUCCACGCGUGUUUUUGUGCGAAACCUCGCCUCCCAUGCAAGCUUCCAACCCACCACAUCUUCUGCUAUCAGAACCAACUGGACCAGAGAUGAGGUGUCCAAAAUCUACAACAUGCCUUUGAUGGAUCUUGUUUUCAAGGCCGCCACCGUGCACAGACAACACCACAACCCUGCAGAGGUGCAACUUUGCACUCUUUACAACAUCAAGAGUGGAGGAUGCACUGAGGACUGCAAGUACUGCGCUCAGUCAUCCAGAUACACUACUGGUGUUGAGGCCGAGAAGGCAGUCAAGCCAGCUGAGGUUAUUGCCGCUGCAAAGGAGGCCAAGGCCAAUGGUUCUACGAGAUUCUGUAUGGGAGCCGCCUGGCGAGACAUGAAGGGUCGAAAGAACGCCCUAAAGAACGUCAAGGAGAUGAUUGGUGCUGUGCACGAGCUCGGCAUGGAAUCCUGCGUGACUCUCGGAAUGGUUGACAAGGCUCAGGCUGAAGAGCUACGAAGAGCUGGACUCACUGCCUACAACCAUAACAUUGACACUUCUCGAGAACACUACCCUAAGGUGAUCACCACUCGAACUUUCGAUGAGCGUCUUCAGACUAUUGAAAACGUUAGAGAAGCAGGCGUCAGCGUGUGCUCUGGUGGUAUUCUUGGUCUGGGUGAAACAGCUGAUGACCACGUUGGAUUCCUGUGGGCUCUGGCUACUAUGCCCUCUCAUCCUGAGUCCCUUCCUAUCAACCGUCUUGUCCCCAUCAAGGGCACACCUCUUGGAGACGACCCUGCCAUGAAGGAGAAGCAACUCACCUAUGACACUGUUGUUCGAACUGUUGCUACUGCUCGAGUGGUGAUGCCUGGCUCUAAAAUCAGACUUGCUGCUGGACGAUACACCAUGAAGGAACCUGAGCAGGCCAUGUGCUUCAUGGCUGGAGCCAACGCCAUCUUUACAGGCAAGAAGAUGCUGACUACCAUGUGCAACGGCUGGGACGAGGAUAAGGCCAUGCUGGAGAAGUGGGGACUGAAGCCCAUGAAGAGCUUUGAGCGAGUUGACAAGCAUCUCGGUGAACAGAGCCAUGAUUCCAAGGAGAAGAAGCAGUGCGGUGGAGGCUGCAACAGUGCCACAGAGGUGAGACUGUAA